AAAUGGUGGACAAUGAAUCCAGUUCGAUCCCUGUUAGAAAUAUAUCCAGUGAAACUAGUGAUAAAAGAACAGAAAAUGAUAAUUUCUGCGUGGAAAGUAAAACUUGUGAACAAAAUCUAAAAACCUUAAUUGCUCAACUUAAUCUUUACCCUAAACAUUUAACUGUGAUAGAUUUGUCCAACCUAAACCUGGUGAGCUUGCCGGAUAAACUCACUGAGUUUCAUUCUUUGAAAUCUAUAAAUUUCUCUUAUAACAAAAUAUCUGUUCUUCCCGUCCUACUGGAGAAGUUUCAACACCUGGAGGAGAUAAUCGGUCGGGAUAACCGGAUUGAAAACCUAGACUAUUCUAGAGUACAGGAACCGCAGACAAGCCACGAGAAUGAUUCCAUUUACACUGACGAAGAACUAUCAUCAUCUCCGGCUAUCCUAGAAGAACUAGAUUUUAUAAAUUUACCCUGCUUGAAUAGUCUGGACCUGAGUGGAAACUAUCUGGUUGAGUUUCCUCCGUCUCUGUGUAAGAUGAAGAAUUUGUUAAAACUAAACCUCUCCAGGAACAAGUUAAGGUGUCUUCCUGAAUUGUUUUGCAGUUAUCAAACAAUAAAACAUCUAAUAUUGGAGGAAAACGGAUUCCAACAUCUUUAUGAAUUUCCAGCCUGGUUCUAUUAUAUGAGGAGAUGCUCUGUUUUAAGUUUUGGUUCUUCGUAUCUCGGAUCUAUUGUGGCAGAUAUUCCUCAUGAGUUUGGUUUUCUCUGCAGACAGGUUGUGAAGCUUGAUCUUCGGAAUAGUGGUAUCAAAGAGUUCCCUGUAGGGUUUACAUCUCUUCUAGACCUGGAGAUUCUACACCUGAGUAAUACAUCUUCUCUAAACCCACCUGAUGCUCCAUGUCCCUCUCUUCAGCUGAAGGGAUACAAGAAUGUUAUCUGGACUCUACCCAAAAAGUUUUCUAAUCUCAUCGGCCUAGUUCAUCUCGAAGCUUCCAAUAUUAACCUGACGUGUCUACCACCAAGGAUAGGUAGCAUAAGGAACCUAAGAUAUCUGGACCUAUCCAAGAAUUCUAUUUCCGGAUUGCCAGACGAUAUUGUCAAUCUUUCUAGACUGGAAACCCUCAAUCUAUCUGCUAACUUUGUUAGUAAUCUUCCAACAGAUAUUUCUAAAAUGACAAGUUUAAAGAUUCUGGAUAUAUCCUUCAACAGUAUAUAUGGUUUCCCUGAUGAAAUUGCAGACCUGACCAACCUCCAGUUAUUGGAUGCUUACUCCAAUAAGAUAUCUGAGAUUCAUCCUUCCUUCUUAUCCUUAAACCUUACAGCCUUAGAUUUGUGUGAAAAUCAGAUAACUGUCAAAUCUCUGAACGAACAGUUGGGUUCGGAGUUUGUAUCCAAAUACCAGACUCUAGAGAGAACCCUGAGAAGGAUGGAAAACUACCAGCACCAGCAUAGAGCUAACCUGGUUCAGAUGACAGAAGAAAUUAAAGAAACUGGAUUAAGUGAUGAAAGCAGAGAAAACUUAGAUUCUGACCAAGAAGAUUAUUGGUAUCACAAUCAAGAUCCAGCGCCUCCAAGUGAGGGAGUUGUUGAGAUAACAUCUGAUGAAGAAGACUGGGAUGAGUUCCAACCUAAACGUUUAGGGAACAAUUAUAAGCAAAAGAGGUAUUCAUUCUUUCCCGAAGUAAAUGUCAAAUCCUUAUAUUGCCCUGGAGACUCGCAUAAACUUUCGUAUAUCAAACCUAGAAGGAUGGAGUUGCUACGUCUUGCAGUGGCUCCAGGACCAACAGUUUAACUUUUGGGGGAAGGAGGAAUGGCCUCCUAACUCUCCGGACCUCAAUCCAAUCGAAAAUCUGUUGUUUAAACUGGAGGAGGAGGUGAAGUCGGAAAAGAAUCAGCCUUAGAAUAUUGCUCAAUUGGGAACGCUACUGAAGAGAUUCUGGAGAAACAUCAGCCUGGAGACCCUGGUCUUAUCAAUGUCAUACCGAGUAAAAGAUGACUAUAAUGGUCGGGGUCAUCAUUUAAUAAAAUAAAUUUUUGACUCAUCUAGAACAUUAUUUUCACUGAUGCAUUACUUUCUUCACACCCUGUGUAAUGAACAUGCCACUAAACAAAUGGAGGGUCACUU